GUUCCGGGGACCGGGAGGCCUCCGCGCGGUGGUCUCCUGAGCUGGCGAAUCGAAGGCCGCUGGUGCGCCCUGGAGCCGCUGCGCCGCCGCCGCCGCCGCCGCCGCCGCCGCCGGGAUCAUGGUGUUCUACUUCACCAGCAGCAGCGUUAACUCAUCAGCUUACACUAUUUACAUGGGAAAGGAUAAAUAUGAAAAUGAAGAUCUAAUAAAGCAUGGCUGGCCUGAAGAUAUUUGGUUUCAUGUGGACAAACUCUCUUCGGCUCAUGUAUACCUUCGAUUACAUAAGGGGGAGAAGAUAGAAGACAUUCCAAAGGAAGUCCUGAUGGACUGUGCCCAUCUUGUGAAGGCGAAUAGCAUUCAAGGCUGCAAGAUGAACAACGUUAAUGUGGUAUAUACACCAUGGGCUAACCUGAAGAAAACAGCUGACAUGGAUGUGGGACAGAUAGGCUUUCACAGGCAGAAGGAUGUGAAAAUUGUGACUGUGGAGAAGAAAGUGAAUGAGAUCCUGAACCGGUUGGAAAAGACCAAAAUGGAGCGGUUCCCUGACCUAGCAGCAGAGAAGGAAUGCAGAGACCGGGAAGAGAGGAAUGAGAAAAAAGCCCAAAUUCAGGAGAUGAAAAAGAGAGAAAAGGAAGAGAUGAAGAAGAAGCGGGAAAUGGACGAACUAAGGACAGCUGUUAACAGCACGGAUUCCUGCCCUCCGCUGGGGACAUUGCGGAGGACUGAGGCAUGUUGGCAGGAGUGUGAGCUGCUCAAGAGUCCGAUGGAGCUAUUCAUCAUUGAUGAAAGUUGAGAACAUGUCUUCAAAUCAGGACGGCAAUGACUCUGAUGAAUUCAUGUGAAUGGAGGAAAGGACCUUUGAAAGAUGUGAAUUGCAGGACAGUUUCAGAUGGUCUGAUUUCACCUGUAUUCAGAGAUACAAAAAAACAACUAAAAUUCUACCUUCAUUCUGCACAAAUACUACCAACGUUGGAGUUAAAAAAAAAAAAAAAGUGUUCCCUUUUUUGCUGACAGAAAAGGAUCAGAUAUUUAUAAUAUAUUUGGACUUGAAAACAGCAUAUAACUUUAGGAAAGUGAAAAUAUUUUUGCUGAAACAUGUCUUGGUACCUCAUGAAAGUUGGCUGCCCCUGUUCCUGGGAUAGACUUUAGAACAAACCAGCUCUGCAAAGUAUUUGUUCCUGUGAUCUGUCCCUGAAAACAGAUGUCUUGAAAAACUUUUCAUAUUUCUUAAAAUAGCUUCACUUCUGUUAAGAAGAAUGUAUCAGUGAGCAAUAUAUGCGAACGUUGCCCUCAACCCUCAUUUCCUGACUACAACAAAAAUGCUUAUGGGUUUUGAUGGUGAUAGUGAUAUUUUCAGAAGAUUGCUGGCUUCAGCAUUCUCGUCCCAUUGUGCCGUGUGAGUCUCUUUGCAGAGUUGUCCGCAGCUCUCAUUUUGUCCUGGCUUCUGUCUUGCACAUCCGUUCUCUGAGCGAGGGCCUCCCCCUAGGUCCCAUCAUGCUUAGAGAAGUAGUCCACAUUAAUCAAAGUUGAGCAUGUGGCAGUGUUUACCCGAGCACCUAGUAACCCAAGCCACAUACGUACUUCAGGCUCCAGAGCCAUGUCUCAGCACCAAAGGAAGAUAUGGGGAAGCAUGAUCUGAAUCAUUUUCAGAAUGUGUAAGUUACCUGAUUUUUGCCUUGGGAUGCAGCAGAAAGCAAAAGUCCCACAUUGGGGUUAUACUUUUAGAAAGAGUGAGGCAUUUUACGAGCCAACAAAUUAACUUGUUUAUUUACUUUGAAAUAAUAUUUACUUUGAGUUGUAUCUCCAGAGUUCAGAUUUCUCAGUUGUAGGUCCAGUAAUGUAAUAGGUAACAGGACUCCUCAUCUGAACCACCUACUCUCCAGGGGGAUUCUGAAUAGAAGGUGUAUUUUUAUUGCAAUCCCUGUAGGAAGAGAUAAAACAAAACAUGAAAGGGGAAGAAGAAAAGCCUGCAGGUCAGGAGGCAUACAAAUUCAUAUUUUAACCACACCCAGAACUCUACACAACCUUUUUAUUCUUAACUGUAUUCUAGCCCAGCAAAAGUUAUCCUUCUCCAACAAAUACUCUACCUGUAAGAGCACUUUGGAACUGUGGGUAAAACUAAAGACUUCAGUGUUUCUAUUUAUCCCAAGUUGGUGUGUGAGGUUGAACUGGAAAAUUGCCCUGAGGCAUACCUCAGCCAGAUUUUGAGAAGGAGGGUAUGGGAGAUGACUCCAGAAAUUAGUGAUUGUGUGUAUGUGUGUGUGUGUGUGUGUGUGUGUGUCUAAUAACAUUCAGCCUGGAGUUCCGUGAUUUUAGAAAUGUAAAAAUAAAGAAUCAUUUUCUAUUUGGAAGGACAUUAAUAUAUGAACUCUUAGAAUUUGCUAUUUAUCCCCAUCCCCACACUGGUUCUGGGGUGAUCUGGCUGUAAAAAAUCCUCAUCCAUCUUAAGCUCAGCAUGGCAGCUUCUAGAGGCUAUCCUCUAUCUCCCUCACUGCCACGUGUGUCUCUCCCUCAGAUGCCCACGGGGUCCAAGUGGAUGACCUUUCCCAAAUCCUCUCUGGAUUGAGUGGAAAUGCACACGGCCCCUGCCCGCCACCAGAGGCACAUCUUUCACACUGUGGCAAACAUCUAGAACAGGGGGAUCUUGGCUCUGGCAUCACCUGUGUCCCCUCAGCCUGCCACUACUGCUGAAGGGCUCCCCUGUACCAUGCCCCCCCCCCACCUGCCAUGACAGCAGAUAUGGUUAGAGCUUUUGAAAUAGAUGACUGUUUUCAGUGUAGUGUGAGAGAUCCUGGGGUCCAAAUGUUAAACAUAUCCUAAUUAUCACCUCACACUGGUUUAAAAUGUCAGAGCCUCUCCUCAGCAUUCUCUUAGUUGAAUUCCUAGCUCUCAAGCUUCCUGAGUGACUCUGUGUAUUGGGCAGUCUUUUCCCCAGGACCCAUGUUCCCAAAAAAAAAGAAAAGCAAGGACCUGUGGGUGUUGGUUCCGUACAGGGCGUUACAGGUCACACUGUUGGCCCUAAAGCCAUCUUUCUUCCUAGUGGCCUGUUAACUAUACUUCCUAUAGGAAAAUUCCUAAUCAUUAUUUUGAUGAGCUGUGCCCUUGAUCAGAUCCAUGAGUCCUGAGGGUGUCUCUUUUUAACUGUAUCUCAUUUCCCCACUCAGAUCUGCAGGCUGUGGGUGAGGUUCACAUUAUCAUUUAAUUUGUUAAACAAAGUCGACUCUGUUUUUUUACUCUUUACAGCUGUAGAAUCCAUUUCUUAUCAGCCUUUGUUGAUCUGGGGUCAAGAUCUUGGGCCGAAGGAGAUCAGACACUGCUGGUGCUGAAACGCAUAUGGGGAAGCUUACUUACCAAAGUAUGGAAGGUUUUGUUUGACAUUAGCAGAAUAGGCAACAAACUUUAGCUGAAGGCAGUAGCUCUUGUUUAUUUUUGUUGUUUUAUAUUUAACUCUUUCUCCUAGCACAGCUUUUGCUGAGCCUUUUAACUGUUCAGAGCCAGAGGUUGCCCCACUCAGAAAGGAAGGUGUCAGGUGUACACAGGGCAGGAGUAGGAAGACAUCAGCUCUAGCCUCCAGCUCUGGACCAGAGCUCUCCCCUGGACCCCCCACCUUCGCCUCUGAGAGGCAAAGCCCUUGGUCUCUGGGCUAGAAUAGGUUCUAGGGGAGACUGCACAGGACAGGGAAAUAGAACACCCUUCUAGUGAUACUGAAGCCUGCCUUUUCUCUGUUUGAUUUCAAAUACGGCAUUGUGAAUGACAAAUCCCAUGCUCAGAAUGAUCAUGGUCAAGUGAGUGGGCAACCUUUGAUUUUAAAGAAGCCUAUAAACAAACUAUAAUAUAAUCGGAAGUGUAAAAUUAGAAACUGAAAUUCCAAGCUACAUUUCCUCUCAACCCCUCUAACUGCAAUAAGUAUGGCAGCUCAGAAAUGAGGACACCACUGCCAGCGCCCAAGCGGGCUCCCAUUCCAGUUUCACUUAGACCUCUGCUCGGCACCCGUGGGCCCAGCACGGGGCAGGAGGCUUUAUGUGCACUCUUGUCAUUUCACGAACGAGAAGAUGCCAACUACAUAUCCAUCACAUCUGGGAUGAGCAAUAUGUAAAAUACAAUAAAAGCUUUUAGUUUGAGUAGAA